AUAAAAAAGUAUUUUUUUCUAUAAGUAAAGAUAAUAGUUUAAAUUAAAGUCCUAAACCAGAAAUCAGUCAUCUGGGCAGUCAGCCCCUCCUUGCUGUGGUGGAGCCAGCAGCCCCCCCGCCGCCCCUUUCCGGCUCCAGAGUGGGGCCGCCUCUGGACGCAGGUUGGUGUCUUCAGGUCAUGCAGGAACUUUGUCGUUAGCUGGACGACUUAAAGAGCUGAAGCGAUUCUUUCUUCAUCACCUCUUCAGUCUGAACCACACGUUCCCUCUCAGAUGACGUCACUGUGUCCAUGAUGAUGAUGGACCGCUGCGGUACACGGGGCUCGUUUGCGUGAUGGACGUCUGUGCGGGACAGGGAUGACAGGACAGCUUUGGAAUGGGAGACAUUCGCUUUAUUUGUGCUUCCACCUCAUUUCAUCAAACAUGGAGCCCAAUCUGCUGAUUUCUACUUCUCCGGUCAUGGAUCUGGCAACACGACAGUCUUCUCUAACUUUGACAUGGCGGCUCCUCGGUCCGGACAAUCUACGCCAAAACUCUGUUUAUAAAGGCUCUGAUUGACAGGUGGCUGUAACUUUCCGUAACGUGUCGCGAUGAAGUAACAUGGUUUCCCCGCUGCUGCUGCUGCUGCUGCUCCUCGUCUGUUUGGCUUCAGUCCUGUCGGAACCAGCGUCCAGCUGCGGGGCCAAAGAAUUCCCCUCCAGAGACGGACAGUGCUGCCCGAUGUGCAACAAAGGAUCGUUUGUCAGUCGAGACUGUUCAGACGUCCUGGGGACCAAGUGUCUUCCCUGUGAGGAGGGGACCUUCACGGACCAGCCCAACGGCCUGAAGAGCUGCUCCAGCUGUUCUCUCUGCACAGGUCACGGCCUCGUCACCAGGCAGAAAUGCACCAGGACGUCAGACACGGUCUGCGGCGUCGUGGACGGAUACUUUUGUCUGGUUUCGGAGAACUCGGGCUGCAGUUUGGCAGAAAAACAUUCCCAAUGCAAACGCGGACAGCAGACGAAGGAACCAGGGAGCAGCACAGCCAACACUGUGUGUGAAGACUGUCCUCAUGGCUCUUUCUCUGAGGACGGACUGAACUGCACUCAGUGGACAGAAUGUUCAGAAAAUGAGAGACAGGAGACGGAUGGAAGUUCAGUCAGUGAUGUGGUCUGCAGCUCAGCAUCAAGAACUCAUAUCGCCGCAUAUUUCUCCUUAGGCCUGUUUGUUGUACUACUUAUUGCAAUUUCCUUAAAGGCUUAUGUGGUUCCUUUCUGCUGAAUCCAGUUUCAUUUUAAAAAAAAUAGAUACAAAAGAAUUAAAAGACGAGAGUAUUCAUUUGAGAAAUGAAACCUGUUUUUAGACAGGCUAAAUAAUCAAAAAUAUUUCUGUUAAUAUUUGACUCUGCAGUUUUAAAAAUGAAGCACAAACAGCAGACAUGUUGAUGGUGACUGUUCUAAAAAAGAAAUGCUUCAUGAAAAACUUGAAAGAUGUUCCUGAAGAUAGAAUCUUGUUUUUUACUUUGGAAACCAAAGUUUAGGUUUAAAGAAGAUAGUUCUUUAUUCAGUGUGUUGAUGAACAAACAAAAACUUCACUCAGAAGAUUUAAACAAUGUUUAAGGAAUGAAACGUAUCACUGAUGUAUACAUUUAUUUUUUAUAACUAUGCAUUUACAAACUAAACACUGAAGAAAAGUUUUUUUGUACAGAACAUAACAAUUUAUGAAGAAAAAGUGAAAAAAGUCGGGUUUAUUGAAAUUCUGGGAACUAGUGAAACUUAAACAGCUCUCAUCAUGUCUAAAGCCAGAAACAACUUACUUCCAAUAAACUAACCACAAAUGUUCAAGGACAGAGAUGGGAGUUACAAUCUCAGAAAUCAGCUGGACUUCAAAAAGCAGAGCAUUCACACUACAAAAAA